GCGACAGGUACGCCUUGUUCACGCUUGUGAGUUUGAUCGUUCCCUGUGUUGUUGCGUGUGUUGUGUUUUAUAAAUAAUUGUGCGUGCGCGACAGCUUGCGACAAAUCGGAGUUUGGAGUCUGAGAGGUAAAAAAAAAGAAAAAAAAAAAAAAAAAAACACUGAACGCGGUGUCUGGCGUCUGCCAAGCCAAUUGGAAUUCUUGAGAAAAAAAAUUUGUGAGCAUCCCAUUAGUUACAUGGGUGUAUGAAGUACUUAUUACUCUCGACUCUAGACCUUGGUUUCGGAAUCAAAUCGAACCAUGGUCCAUGUCGUCGUCGUCACCGGUUAUAGCUGCUGUAUGAGAACAGGGAAAUGAAAUAGGUGUGCAGCGGCGGCGAGGUGAAGGAGGAAGAAGAUAUACUAGAAGGUGGUGGUGAAGGAGCAGAAGAGGAGGAGGAAGAGAGGAAAAAUUACCUACCUACGGGUCGCCCGCGCGCAACCCACUCAAUUCAACUGCUGGAGCAAGAGGCGCUACACGAGUAGACGACGGCACCUUAUAACCUUGUCCUCCUUAUCAUUCUGCAAUGGUGUGACAAAACUGAGGUGUAUUCUUUUUCUUCAUGAGAAAAACAAGCUUGUCUUGUAGUUGUUGAUUAGAGUGGGGGUGGAGGAGGAGAAAAAAAAUUAAGAUUAGCAGUACGUAUUAAAUUGCCUCACAAUGGAGACAUCAGUAGCAGGAAGGCGACGCACUGCUACUAGGCAUUCAGCUGAAGAUCAAGCACUUGAUCAGAUUGCUAAAGAGGCAGAGGCAAGACUGGCUGCACGAAGGCAAGCUAGAGCAGAAGCUAGAGAAAUACGAAUGAGGGAAUUGGAACGGCAGCAGAAAGAAGCUGAAGAGAAUGCAGAUAGAGUUUUUGAUAUGUGUACAGCAGAUGCAAACAGAGCAAUGAGGGUUACACCAGACCCUUUACGUGCCUCUAGACUACUUGCAAAUGCCAACAAUUUUCAGUCAAGUAGAAGAUCUUCUGAGGAUUCUUUAGAAGAUGCAGGUCUUGGCAGGGACCUGAGGUUGGAACUCAAGGAAUGUGAAGAAAAAUUUAGGAAAGCAAUGAUAGCAAAUGCUCAAUUAGAUAAUGAAAAGUCUUCCUAUGCAUACCAAGUAGACUUGUUAAAAGAUAAACUAGAAGAAUUAGAGGAAGUUAUUGCCCAGCUACGUCGCGAACUCAGGGAAAAGAAUCGCGAAGCAGAUCAAGCAAAGCGUCUUAGUCAGAGACUGAAAGAGGAUUUAGAUAUUUGUAGGGCGCAACUUUUAGAAAGGGACACGCUUAUACAAGAAAAUGGAUUGGUCAUAGUGGAAGAUGAGGGUAGUGAAAAUGAAGAAACGCCGAAGUUGAACGGACCUGUUUGCAAAAAAAGAGUGCUAGUCAGUACAGAAGCUGCAGAGUUAUUACAGAACGCUGGUGAAGGUUCUUUAGAUGUUCGGCUGAGAAAGUUUGCAUCAGAAAAAAAAGAACUACAGGAUGAAAUUGGGCAUCUUAGGCUAGAACUGGAAGAGGCAAGGAAUCGUAUGAGGCCAGAGCGAUCUUUGGGUUCUAUGCUUGAUUCAGAAGACGCUCAGAGAGAAGCUAAUAAGUUGUUGGCGGAUUACAAGUUCAAAUUACAAAAGACAGAGCAAGAUAUGUCGACUCUUCAAGCGACUGUUGCUAGAUUGGAAAGUCAAGUAAUACGUUACAAAUCUGCAGCCGAGGCUUCUGAAAAGGCUGAAGAUGAAUUGAAAGUUGAAAAAAGAAAAUUACAAAGAGAGGUUCGGGAAUCGCAGGGUCGUGUUGAAGAAUUAGAAACAGCGAAUUCACAUCUGCAACGACGUUUGGACAAACUGAAAAAUGCAAAAUCAGCACUUUUUAAAGAACUUUGAUAGUUUUGUAUACUCGUUCGCCGAGUAUAAACUACAAUUAAUAAAUGGCGUGUAAAUACGAAAGAAAAAAAAACAAAUGUUAAAAAAGCGCGUCAUCGUGUUCUCGUGUCCACGCGCAAAAGUAAGGCGAAUUACUACUUUAUCAAAGGCUAACCGCUAACUCAAUUUUACCAGUCUGAAUUCUCGUUUUUCUUCGUUCCCUAUUUCUAAUGGUUCAGCUAGUGGCAUUUUACAAAUCUCUUUAUAUAAUUAUAUUUAUUCACGAAAUACCCCUGACUGCGUGUUUUUAGAAUUUAUACACAAAAAAAAAUCAAGACUUUAUACCGUUUUUGUCGUUUGCAUUUUUAAGAUUUUCACGUCAAUCAUCGUUGAAAGUGACUGAGAUAUUAGUUAUGAAGAAUUUUUGAUAAAAGGUGGAAAUAGUUAAGAUUAUUUAAAAAGAGAAGUGUAUAGUACCUAUAUGAUAGUUAUCAAAUACGAGUUCAAAGUAUUUACACCAGAUAAAUUCAUUCACCUGGUAAAUUUUGCAUACUGUGGUCUAAUUUUUCAAGCAUACCAGUAUGUAUUUUAGUUGAUAUUUGGCUAAAGCAGCCCCUCGAUUAGUCAAAACGUACGUUUUUUUGUAUCACGCUGCAAUACGCUUAGCGAGUUGGCUUAUAAACUACGGCCUAUAGAGCGGCCUACAAUAACUAAAAAUAAUGCGGGCGAGACUAUUUCAUAGAAUUUUCUUCUAUUUAAUAAUUUUUCAGAAAGACAAAGUAAAAAAAUAAUUGGAUUACGGUUUUUUUGCUA